CAGUAACGUCAUGUCAAGACCAAUCCCGCGCGGAAGGCUCCUUUUCGCAUCCGUCUCAGUUGUUAUCGUAGUCUGUGGAUCCGUCUAUGGAGCAAAUUUGAAGAUGGGUAACGAGGUACAACAGUUCAAGCAGGAGUACACCCAGCAGGACGCAGCGCAAAAGGCAGCACGUCUUUUGGAUUAUCGUCGUCAACUCACCCUAGAAAGAUCUAGGGUCGAGGAGGAUUUGCAGAAAGUUGAGCAACGCUUAGUUCAGGAAAGAAUCGUCGCGGAGAUGAAGGCUGCAGAACGAAGAGCAGAGCAGGCUGCUGAAAAAUCAUGAGACCUAUGACGGGUGGGGCAACAUAUAUGGCAGUCUUCGGAAGUUUCGUCAAGGUCUUCUGGAGGAGUACAGCCGGUUCGCCGCCGUCACGGCUGCGGCGUUCUGUGAUGCAGCGUAGUUUGUCUAGGAGUGGUUGCUGCAAAGACUCCGAAAGAUACCAGAUCUCGAAACAAGAGUGCGAGAUUCAGAAUGGUCCUCGAGGUAGCCAUCUGUCUUGAGAUCCAUUUUGGCGAUGGAGAGAAAGUCUAACCGGCUUGGACGUUAACAAUUGGUCUAUAACCAUUUCCUGAAUUAGGUACUGAGAAGC